AUCAACAACUGCACAUCAUUGCGAACAAUGGAGAGAGAGAAAGGCUUAAGGUGGUGGGAUUCUGUGUUGCUUGCACUGCUUCUAACAUAUGGACUUGCGAGCUCCCAAGAGCAGAGCAAGUCCUGUGCUCCGUCUCAGUGCGGCAUUAUCACAAACAUCAGACAUCCAUUUCGACUACGAGAUGACCCGCCCGGCUGCGGUGAUCCAAUCUAUGAGCUAGCCUGUGAAAACAACAUAACUCUGCUUCAUCUGAAUUCAGCAACAUACAGAGUGCUGGGAAUUGACCACAGCAACUUCACAAUCCGACUCGUAGAUCCUGGAAUUCAGGAGGGAAAUUGCUCUUCCCUCCCUCACUAUCUCUUAUCCUUAUCCAAUUUCACUGAUAGUCAUAGCCGUAACCCCUAUGACGCUAUUUUGACAUACAAACAAUUUACAUUCAAGCACGUAGUGUACCUAAAGUGUAGAGAUCCAGUGAGGGACGACGUAGCAUACCUGGACACAGCUCCCUGUGUGAAGUGGGAAGGAAAAAGUCAUGUUUAUGCUGUGGCUGGAGACCUGUCGGCUUACCAGUUAAAAUCUCAGUGUCGUGUGAAAUCAGUGGCCACCAUAGCCUCAGAUUGGGAGUCAAUAGGAGAUCAAAGAAAAAAGUCCUACACUGAUAUUCACAUAGCGCUUUCCUCUGGAUUUGAGCUUUCAUGGUGGCGACGAGCUUGCAUUGAUUUUAAAUGCCCAAGUGAUCGUCAUUUAUCAAAGUUGCGCAUAUUGGCAGAAGGACUGGAGGAAGUAGAAAGGAAGGGUAUAUACCCUCACUACAGUGACACCGAUUCUAUUCUAACAAAUCCAGCAAUCAAAUUAGGAAUACUCACUGCAAUAGGUCUUGUGCCAUACAUGAUACUCAGAUUUUCAAUGGGGGUCCUACUACUAUCCAUAUUGUUGAUUUAUAAAUACCGGAGAAGGCACAUGUCAAUGUUUGAGAACAUUGAAGAUUUUAUAAGACUUCAAAACCUUAUUCCAAUAAGGUACUCCUACAAGGAAUUAAGAGCAAUGACAGAGGGUUUUAAGAUUAAGUUAGGCGAAGGAGGCUUUGGAACUGUAUACAAAGGGAAGCUAAGAAGUGGAUCUUAUGUUGCUAUUAAAAUGUUGGGCAAAUCCAAAGCCAAUUGCCAAGAAUUCAUUAGUGAGGUUGCAACCAUUGGGAGGAUACACCAUUUCAAUGUGGUUCAUCUUGUUGGGUUUUGUGUGGAAGGAACUAAGCGUGCUCUUGUUUAUGAAUAUAUGUCGAAUGGAUCUUUGGAUAAAUAUAUUUUUCCCAAGAAAGAAAGCGUCUCCUUGAGUUUUCAUCGGAUAUAUGAGAUUUCUCUGGGAGUGGCUCGUGGAAUACCUUACCUUCACCAUGGAUGCGAUAUGCAGAUAUUGCAUUUUGAUAUUAAGCCCCAUAAUAUUCUUCUUGAUGAUAAUUUUAGUCCAAAAAUUUCAGAUUUUGGACUGGCAAGAUUAUAUUCUGUUGGUGAUAGUAUUGUAACUUUAACCGCAGCAAGAGGAACAAUAGGGUAUAUGGCUCCUGAAUUAUUUUACAAGAAUAUUGGAGGAGUUUCUCACAAGGCUGAUGUUUAUAGUUUUGGAAUGCUUUUGAUGGAAAUGGCAAGCCGAAGAAGGAAUUUGAAUUCACAUGUAGAACAUUCAAGCCAACUUUACUUUCCUUUGUGGAUUUAUGAUCACUUUGAUGAUGAUAAAGAUAUUGGAAUGGAAGAUUUGACAGAAGAAGAAAAGGAUUUAGCAAAGAAAAUGUUCAUAGUAGCACUCUGGUGUAUACAACUAAAACCUGCAGAUCGUCCUUCAAUGAACAAAGUGAUAGAAAUGUUAGAAGCAAAUGAUGAAAAUUUUGAAAUGCCUCCAAAACCUUCUCUAUUUUCCAAUGAGACUGUUGUAUUGGAUGAUACACUUGACUCUGACUUAACAAAAUCCACUAUCCGUUUACGUUCUCAUAGUAGUCCAGCUAGUAAUAAUGAUGUGAUGAUUCAUGUUAUAUGUUUUGCCCACAUCCUAAAUCUCAUCAUUCAAGAGGGCUUAAAGGUGGCAAGUGAAGUUGUGCACAAAAUUAGAGAAAGCAUUAGAUAUGUAAAGGCAUUAGAGACUAGAACAAUCAAUUUGAAGAGAUGUAUUGACCAAGUCAGGGGUCUUGACACUUCUAGGGGUGUGGCUUUGAAGUUAGAUAUUGCAACUAGAUGGAAUUCCACAUAUGCUUCAAAGUGUGAUUAA